CUGGGAAAAUACAACCGACAUAAUACUGACACUCUCUUGUCGGGCCGGGAAGUCUUCAGUUGCGUAGAGGGUCAUGGUUGCCACAGGCGGGCUGUAGCAAUCGGGAUCGCUUAGCGUCUUUCUGAAGCCGUUCCUCAUCGGCAUCAACCUCCACCCUAUCCACGAUCCACCACACCCCCGGACGGCAACCCUCCUUUACGACCAUGCCGGAUGACGAGGUGGAAAGGCAGUCGGCGCACAUUGAGCCGGAGCUGCGCGACAUGAAGAUUGAGGAAGGAGGCGAGUGGGAGGGGGCAGGUGCACAAUUCUCGUCGCGGUCGAGAGAGGGCUCGUCCACACCGCAAAGAACCGCUUCACCUGCACCUGUGGCCGUGAAAGCUCGGUCCGCAUCACAUUCCCCCGUCAAGAAACAACACCCUUCACAAUCCCCCUCCGACACCACCUCUGAACACGAGGAGAUCAUCGGCGGCGAGAUCACCGUGAAGAUGGAGCCAGGUAAAGCACCCAAGCUUGCACGCACGGCACCGCAUAAGGUCGUAGCUAGAGCUCCACCACUCUUUCACCACUUGCCAGACGCCACGGACGAGGCAAAGCGGAGCUUCCAGGUAAUUACUGACUGCUCAUAUUCGUCCAAAUACAUUGGCAACACUGAACAUGCACUCGAGUGCGACUGUUCAGAGGAGUGGGAUCAAGCGACUGGAAUCAAUGAUGCCUGUGGUGAGGAUUCGGAUUGUAUUAAUCGCGCGACAAAGAUGGAGUGCAUUGGAGACUGCGGCUGCGGCGCUGCCUGCCAGAACCAACGAUUCCAGCUGAAACAAUAUGCCAAAGUCACGGUCAUCAAGACGGAGAAGAAAGGAUACGGGCUACGCGCCGAUACCGAUAUGCGAGCGGGCGAGUUCAUCUUCGAAUACAUCGGCGAGGUCAUCAACGAGCAGCACUUCCGCCGUCGCAUGAUACAGUAUGAUGAAGAAGGUAUAAAGCAUUUUUACUUCAUGUCGCUCAGCAAAGGCGAAUUCGUUGAUGCUACGAAGAAGGGCAACCUGGGGCGCUUUUGUAAUCACAGCUGCAACCCCAACUGCUUUGUCGACAAGUGGGUGAUCGGCGAGAAACUCCGGAUGGGUAUCUUUGCCGAGCGCAACAUCAAAGCGGGCGAAGAACUUGUCUUCAACUACAAUGUCGAUCGCUAUGGCGCAGACCCCCAACCAUGCUACUGUGGCGAGCCAAACUGCUCCGGCUACAUCGGCGGUAAAACACAGACGGAGCGUGCUACCAAGUUAUCGCACAUCACUAUCGAGGCCUUGGGUAUCGACGAUGGUGAUGGCUGGGAUGUCGCGGUCGCGAAGAAACCUCGGAAGAAAAAGAGUGGUGAAGAUGAUGAGGAAUAUGUCAAUAAUGUCCAACCCAAGUCUCUCGAAGAAGGCGGCGUUACCAAGGUCAUGGCAACUCUCAUGCAAUGCAAAGAGAAAUGGAUUGCCGUCAAACUUCUCAGUCGCAUUCAGCGCAGCGACGAUGAGAAGGUUGGCCAUCGCGUCAUACGAAUGCAUGGCUAUACCAUUCUCAAGAAAACUCUCGCCGAAUGGGCCGGGGACUUCAACGUUGUCUUGCAAGUUCUCGACAUCCUGGAGAAGCUGCCUCGUAUCACCCGCAACAAAAUCCAAGAUUCCAAGAUCGAGGAGACUAUGGAACAGUUCAAGACCUGCGAAGAUGAAAGAGUCCAGACAAAGGCGUGCGCUCUUUUGGAAACUUGGAGCAAGUUGGCGGUUGGCUAUCGAAUUCCUCGCAUGAAGAGAGACCCAAAUGCUGAAGCUCCUGUCCGCGCGGAUCGUUCCGAGCGACGAGAAAGGGCGCGAGAGCGAUCCAAGUCCAAGACAAAAUCCCCAGAGCCCGCCAUCGAUGCGCCAAAGGGGCCUUCUGUUCCAGCGGGACCGCGAGCUGGGUUGCCACCACGAAACCCUGCCUUCUUUGGCGGGCCACGUGCAUUUCGCCGUGCACCUCCAUUCAACCCACUUCCGAUGGGCUGGUUUCAAGCCACGGCUGAGAACGGCACGGUCUACUAUUACAGUGCCAAUGGCCAGACUCAAUGGCAACGACCUACCACUGCUGCCUCGCAACCGCCACCGCCUCCACCCAAAGAGAAGACUCAUCAACAGAAGCUGGAAGAUAUCAUCGCCAGCAUUACCCAAGAUGCGAGCCGAAAUUCCGACGUAUCCGCGUCUGCCACUCCGCAACCUGCCAGUCACAGUUCAGAGAAAGAGAAGAAGACAAAAAGCGAGAAGUGGCGGUCGUUGAGCGAAGAGAAACAGCAAAAGAUCUACGAGAACACUCUCUUUCCGCACAUCAAAUCUGUAACGGAUCACUACCGGAAGAAGCUUGAAAAGGAUGAUCUGAAACGACUAGCGAAAGAGGUUGCCAAGAAGCUCGUUCGCGGGGAUUACAAGUCAGGUCGCGUUCAGGACCCUACGACCAAGCUUUCACACCGACAUGAAAAAUCGGUCAAGGUGUUCGUGAAGGCAUUCAUGGACAAAGCCGUACAGAAGAAGGUAGAUCGCGAAAAGGAGCGAGCCGCACGGGCGGAGCGGAAGAAAGCAAGCAGCGCAGCUGGGCAGAAAGCCUCCCCGGAUGCGCCCACACCAAAAAUUCACGCCCAAGAAGAGUCGGAUAAUGAAAUGAUGGGUAUCCUUGACGACGAUGGAGAGCGUGCGAUGGACAUUUCGCCCUCAAGUUCAUCCUCAGACCUGAAGCGGAAGCGAGGAGAGUCUGACCCACAAGCGGACGACGACGAGCAAGCUUCCCUAAAGAAGUUUCGCACCGAGACUCCUCCGGUUCCUGCGCCACCGCCGCCUCCACCUCCUCCUGCUGAGGACAUGCCAACGGAAAUGGACGCAGACGAUUACGGCGGAACAAACGAUGGGUCGGAAUCCUUUGACUCAGAAGCUGUAGGCUCGGCUAUGGGACAGUCUAGUCUCGGAAAGCCUCCACAGCCUUCCGAGCUAGUCACUGACAGGAUCAAGCAGAGCGAUGAAAGGAUGAAUGGACGCCAUAGCCCGAUGCAGCUUGCGACUCCACCAACAACGACCAACGGAUCCUGCGAGCACGAGAGUAACGGAAAGGAUAGAGAGGCCGCUUCGAUAGAGUGAAGCUUGACCUACGGGUUACCUUUUAUGUGCUGGGGGCAUUGAGGGUGGAU